AUGCCGAACCUGAUCCCCCCUGGCAUCGCCCCGGACCUGUUUUAUCGCAAGUGGCGGGUUCCAAUCAACCUGGGGUUGCUUCAAACGGCGAGGUUUGCUCUGCCGUUCUCCCUAGACUGGAGGACGAAGCGGGUUCUGCAGUGGUGCGGUGUGCAGCAGGUUGAGCCGUGGUGUGGCGAACGGCAGGUUGGGGAGUGGGCUGGGGCGAAGAAGAGUAGUACGCUGGGAGGACGGAAGGAAGAGGAGGUGGGGGAGGAGGAAAGGGACGAGGAGGACCCGAGACGUCUUUUGAACGGUUGUGGUUCCUUUCGAGAAGAUAAGGUCGUGGAUAUUGCUCCUGGUGACAUUGCUGCUGUUGCUGCUGGAGCGGCUGGUGCUGCUGGCAUUGGUGCUGCCGACGAUUGCAGCAGCAGGGACUGCCAUCCUCUCUGGUCUCCCACGGACGCCUUGACGCAUGGCUCCAUUCGCCAUCCGCACUUCUCCUUCCCUCACCACCACCAGCAGCGCCAUCCGCUCCUCUCUCCCUGCCACGUGUCAACCGCUGAUAGGCCGCGCAUGCAUGAGGUUGGUGGUAUCCGCUCUGAAGCUGUACCUGGACUUCGUGAUGUUACAAACAUCAUCGCAGAUGCUGACAGGAAAGAUGCAAGUGAUGCAGCAGUUGCUGCAGGUUUGCAUGUGAUGAAGGACGGACCUGCGGCUGGGUCUGGUGAAGCUGGGUCCGGCAGGGUGGGAGGCAGAUGGACGGACUGUUACUGCCAGGAGUGCAGUGAUGCUUAUGAAAGGCAGGCGCUACAUUUCACCGUGGUGGGAGGGAGUGCGGUGGGAGGGAGUGUGGUGGGAGGGGGUGUGGUGGGCGGGGGUGUGGUGGGAGGGGAUGUGGUCAGAAGUGCUGUGGUUGGAGAAGAGAAGCCUACAGUUCCCAGCAGCAGCAGCAGCAGCAGCAGCAGCAGCAGCAGCAGCACCGCAUCGCUUCUCUUGGAUGCUGAAUGCAAGGAGAAACCCACAGUACUCCUGCUGCAUGGCUACUUUGCUGUCUCCUCCUUUUGGACCGACACCGCUGUGCCGUUUCUUCCCAGGAGCUUCCUGGAGGGCAGGAGGGUGGUGGCGGUUGACCUGCUGGGGUGGGGCAAGAGCCCCAAGCCGAGGGACUGUGACUAUAGCCGCACGGUGCUGGCUCCGCACAACACAUCCGCCUUCCACGUCGUGGGCCACAGCAUGGGCUGCCUGAUAGCAGCGGUUCUGGCUGCUCCCUCUUCAUUCCGCCCAUUCUCCCAUUCUCCCCACAUUUUCCCUGGGCCCCCCUCCCCCAUCCUCGUCCUCCCCACCAACUGGAUAGAGCGCACGGUGCUCGCCCCACUCAGCAUCUCCACCUUUCACAUCGUGGGCCACAGCAUGGGGGGCUUGAUCGGUGAGGUUCUGGCUGCUCGCAACCGAGACAGGGUGGUGUCUCUCUGCAUCUACUCGCCUCCGUUCAUCCCCCACCGCCCAGGCCGAACACCAGCAGAGGAGUUUUACCGCCUGGUCACCCCGCGCUGCCUCUCCUCUGCACUGCUCCUAGGCAUCAGCAUCACGUCGUGGUUCGAGCACCCCUACAUCUCUCCCCGACCAGGCCUCACACCAGCAGAGGAGUUUUUCCAGCUAGUCUCCCCGCGAUGCUUCUCCCCUGCAGUGCUAAUUCCCGACGCUCCCUCCCUAUGCUUCAGGAUCCCACCCUCCUUCACGCGGGAUUCCACCCGUCCCACACAACACACCACACUGCCUAACACUGUUUCUUCAGCACCAUCUGCUUCCCCUCACUCCUGCCACUUUCCCCUCCCUCCUCUUCCUCUCCCUACGGCAGGCUCCCACCUUCCUACGUGCGGGAUGUAA